AAGAAAAAAAGCAUCUUUCUUUCUUUCUGUUUUUCAUUUUCCUCUGCAACCAAAACAACCCCCAAAGUCUCAAGCUUUCCAGGGACAGAGGCUGGAGUUAGCUAUUCAAUGGACAGGUUAGUGAAAGCGGAUGUGAAAGAAGUAGAAUUAGUCUUCAAGAGAGGUCAAAAGAGCACCGCAACUUUCCGUUUAACAAAUCUCAUGCAUACAAUGUCCGUGGCGGUUUCUUUAACCACCAAACACCCAUCCUUCUUCUCUUUUAACAAGCCUUUUUCCAUCAUCCCUCCCCUCUCAUCUUCAUCCUACACUCUCCUUCUCUCCCCGCCGUCUGAUCAACCCCCUCUGAUCAAUCCUCCCGAUGCCAUCACCGUCAAAACCAUCAUGCUCCCUCUGGGCAAGGCCCAUCAUGAUGAUCUCAGCCGCCUGUUCUCCAAGCCUGGACCCCACUUAUUCAAGGACGCUACUUUACCGAUCUCCUUUGUGGGUCCCCAUGUGAUUGAACAUCUCGUUUCUAGCCAUACCCAGAUUGCCGAAAUUGAUCUCUUUUUAAACAAAGCAGUUUCUGGGUGUCCUGUGAAUCAGCUCACAGGCUUACUCAAAUCUGCUGUCGUUUCAGGGAAAGCCAGGUUGGUUGGUACCCUGAUUGAUCAUGGUGGAGAUAUUAAUGAUAAAGAUUCUAAGGGAAGGUCCUUGAUCUCCCUUGCUGUCCAAGCUGGACAUCUUGAAGUUCUCAAUGUCUUGAUUUCUUCUGGUUGUGAAAUUGACAAUUCAGUUGAUCAUGUUUUGCACCAUGCAGCAGCAAUCAAUAGAGUAGACUUGAUGGGGGUCUUAUUUCGAGCUUGUAAAAAUGUGGACUUGAAUUCUGUUGACUUUUGUGAUAGAACUCCAAUUCACAUAGCGGCAAGUUACGGUUAUUCUGAAGUGAUUCGGUUUUGUUUAUCAGUUGGAGGGCACCCUGAAGUUUUAGAUGUUAAUAGAUGUACUCCACUUCAUUUGGCUGCCCAGGAAGGUCAUUUAGGAGCUGCGGAAUGCUUGUUAGAGGCUUCAAGUUUUGUUAAGUACGCCUUGAACAAACAAGGGAAAACUGCUUUUGCACUUGCCGUUGAAAAUGGGCAUUCAAAUUUGUUUGAUUUGUUGCAGUUAGGUGAUGCUUUGAACCGUGCUGCGAGGAUUGAUAAUGUUAAUGGGAUAAAGAGUUGCCUUUCGGAAGGGGGAAAUGUGAAUGGGAAAGAUCAGAAUGGAUGGACACCUUUGCAUAGGGCUGCAUUUAAAGGUCGAAUCGAGAGUGUUAAGGUUUUGCUUAACCAUGGCGCUAAGGUUAACCUUGUUGAUGAUAAUGGGUACACACCGUUGCAUUGUGCAGUGGAGGCAGGACAUGCUCAAGUUGCUUUGUUGUUGAUUGCUCAUGGAGCUAAAGCUAAUGUGAAGAGUCUCAAAGGUGUGGUUCCUUUGAAAUCUGAUUGUUUUAAGAAUCCCCCUCCUCUGGUUCAGCCGUUGUGUUGUGAGAAGGAACGAGCUUGACUGGCAGAUGGAUUGCCCGUUUUCUUUUUUCUUUGUUGUAAUUUUGAAACCUGUACAGAUCGUUCAGUAAAUUUUUCACUGUAUAAUGUGGAUGGUGUCACUUGCUUGGUCAGAGACAGAGCGAAGAGAGUAUGUUUCUGCUCCCAACCAAGCAGUACAUCCGGUUCUGAGGAAAAACAUUGCCUUAUUGACUCACUCAUCCGCAUAUACUUUGAGGAUCAAAUUUGCCUGCCCAAAAUGAUUUGGGAUUUUGGUUUUUUCAGUGUUAGCUGCCUUAUGUUUCAAAAUUUGGUAAUUUGUAGUUCCAGUUCCUGUUUCUUCCAUUCUAGCUUCUUGGCUGAUGAUCCUUUCAUGUUCCAAUUAAAUGGGAAAAUUCAUAGCUUAUUGGAGUUCAA